UCUCUGGACUGAGAGCUGCACCUGCCCGCUGCCAUCGUGUGCUCUGAGGUGUGAGCGCGUUGGUCGCAAGAUCCGUCACCAAAACACACGGGGUUCCUGGAAAGAAGAAAAAGAAUAUACAUUUGAGAAAAAUAUAUAGAACAUCUGAAAGGAAAAUCAUCAACGAAAAAUAAUCAAAGUAGUACAUCCGUUCGAAUAAAGAGUUCAAGAAAAAAUAUAUGUAGGAGCCAAAAAUGGUGUAAGAAUAACAUCUACACGGAAAGAAAGGGUAAACAAUAUAAGGGCAUCUGCUAAAAGAGGAAAGCCUCGUCGAAGCACGACACCCAGAAAAAUAAAUAUCCGUGCAAAGAAAAAAGUAUUAGAAUAAAGGAGAACAUCUUUUAGAACAACAGGCCGCCGCCACCACAACAGCGACGACCACAACUGGACACCACUAGCACUCGUACUCCCCACACACGGGUUGGCACGAGCGAGGAGAUCACCGGUGACCAUGUCUCUUGGUGUGCCCGAGCGCACCCAGGUGCGUCUCGUCUUCCUGGGCGCCGCCGGCGUGGGCAAGACGUCCAUCAUCAAGCGCUUCCUCCAGGGCGCCUUCGAGACGCGCUACCGCCCCACGGUGGAGGAGCUCUACGCGCUCGAGUAUGAGGCCGGUGGCUCCAAGAUCAAGCUGGAGGUGAUGGACACAAGUGGCAGCUACCGCUUCCCGGCCAUGCGCAAGCUGUACAUCCGCGACGGGGACGCUUUCGCGUUGGUCUUCUCGCUGGAGGAGCCGCAGUCCUUCGAGGAGGUGAGGAGGCUCCGCGAAGAGGUCCUCGAGAUCAAGGAGGACAAGCGCCCUCCCAUCGUGGUGAUCGCCAACAAGGCGGACACCCAGCCACCGCAGCCUCAGCAGCAGCCUCAGCAGCCGCAGCAGGAGCAGCAGGAGCAGCAGCAGCAGCAGGACCUUCACCAGCAGCAGAUCCAGGUGGCCCGUGCCACUGUCGAGCUGCAGUGGAACCAUUGCCUGGUGGAGACGUCGGCCAAGGAGGACGGAGGGGUGACGCGGGUCUUCGCUCAGCUGCUCCGGGAGGUGAACCUCCCGAGCCGCCUGAGCCCCGCUCUGCAGCGCCGCCGCGAGACUCUGCCCGUGAGGCCCCUGCCCCUACAGGUGGCGCGGCCGCCCAUCAAGAAGGCCAACAGCUGCGUGGUGGCUUGAUUGCGGACGAGAUGGUCCGCGUCCCUGCCUGCCUGCCUGCCUGCCUGCCUGCCCAGCGUCCACCCACUCGCUCGCCUGGCUCACGGCCUCGUACGCAGUGGACGUGGGAGUGAGCCCAACCGCAAGAUGGUUCUACGCUCGCACGUGCAAUGGUGUGGUGGUGGUGAUGAUGAAAAUUCCACAUUCCCCAGGCCAGGACAUCCACUGUUGAGCUACAACACACAACAUUUCAAGUGUCUCACUGCUCAAACGAGCGAUGGAGCGGUGCUCAUCUCUCCGUUGCAGUUCCUGGUGGUGCAAAAUUCCACAUUCCUGUGGCUGAGACAAUUCCAUGCAUAAAAUAACCGUUGUUGUCUACCCACGAAGUAGUCCCGAUUUUGUCGACCCGGGUUGGAUGAUGGGCGAAAUUGACUCUUGACCAAGAAAGAUUAGCCACUCGUAAAUUGUUUGAGUUGUGAGUCAAGCGCCCUAUCAAUGGGUAUACAUGCAACGUGUUUCCUUUGUAUUGUAUGAAUGUAGAGCCCUCUCGAUUGGUGUUCUCAUGGGCAAGCGUGGCUCCAGUUGACUGGGAAGAGGAUUGGUUGGAACUUGUUGGUGAAAAUUCCAGUUUUAUGGCUGCGACCAGUCUCUUGUAGGGAGAGCACUGUUGAUGUAUAAGGAGCAGUGGAGAGACACGUGUCUCCACUGUUGGCCCUAAUUUAAACCAGGCUUUCUUUAGGAUGAAUAGCCAUAGGCACACUUUGGGCAGGAGGGUGGUAUGGCUAUAUCAUGCUGAUUAUCUAUGAGGAAGGUGAACCAGUGUUCUACCCACUAGAACACCGGUUGAGAUAGCAUUAACAAAAUUGAUUAUGUUCACGGGGCUAAUUGGACCCUGAUUUUCAUCUGACCUCACUACAUUCGCCGGAAAUGUACAAUUAAUAUACAAUAACCAAAACUAUCACACAUUGAUUUUAUUGUGUGGCUCAAUCAAAUCCAGUUCGUGACUCCAGGUUGAAGAGGCAAGAAAGUCCACCUCAGAUUUUCCAGUAUCAGGUGAUGCGUGUAGUUUGUGUAAUUGAGAAACUGGAACACACUUGCAGUGGCUUCAUCACCAGCACUUUAUCACAUCGACUAAAAGACUCACACGAAGACCCAUAGUCUCACAUAGACAUCCAUAUACUAACACACAGACCAAUACACUCACACAUAGUCUUACACAGAGAUCCAUAUCAUCACAUAGAGACUCAUAGACUCACACAAAGACCCGUAGACGCACAUGGAGAGCCACAGACACAUUGAGACACGUUGAGGAAUUGGAAUGCAGAGAAAGUGGAUUGCCCUAGCAAUGGCGUCAUCAUCAGUGCUCUCCGUCAGAGACCCAUAGACUCGCACAGAGGCCUACAGUCUCUCACAAAGAGAUGCGUAGACUCAGGCAGGAUGCGACUCAGAAAGUGGAGUGCGGUGGCAGUGGAUUCACCAUCAGCGCUUUCUCGAGCAAACGGGCGAACGCAGCCCACGCGGCUUCCCACAAAGAACCGUACUGGUGGAAUCCAGCAUUGGUGCGUGCGUUGCCUCCUCUGUCUUACAACAAUUAUCAAUUUCCUCCAGCUAUACUGGCGUCCGGAACCGAGACUGGAAAACCCGAGGCGGAUCAUGUUUCCUCAUCAAACCGGAGUCAUGAAUUACCACUGAUCAAAUUAUGCAUUGUCCAUGCGAGAGCCCCUUUUACAAGAAGUGCAAAACACAUUGCACUCGAUCGAUGUGGAUGCUGUAUUUCAAAAGCGUCGAAUCCGUUUGUCGUUCUUUGAAGUCUACGUGACUACUCCCUCCGGAUCCUAGAGGGCGCCACGGUCACCACAAAUCGUUACCCCUCUUCCCAUCCCCAUCCCUUUAAAUAGCCGUCAUUGUGUUGUCGUGCGUGUAGAUGUUGUGCAGGGUUGACCCGGACAGUCUGGAGCAUUGGCAUCUGUGUUCUGCUGCGGGUAUUUGUGUUGAACUUUAUUGUGGUCAACUGCACAUGUCAUGACGAUAAGACUUGGGCUCAAUCAUCCGUCCGGGUUUGAUCUACAGGAUGGUCCAGAUGCCUUGUGACCCCCCCCCCAUUUAAUGAUCUAAAACGUAAUAUGUUUUGAAGUAAGGUUUAUUUAAAACAGAAAUGAAUAUGCAAGGGGAAAAACCUGUGAGGGGUCAAUUAAUUAAUUGGGGGUCACAAGACAUCUGGACCGCGCUGUAUCGUCGACAAAGGCGGCGACCCCAGAAUGUGCAUCCGCGUGUUUGUGUGUAUUCGUCGUGACGUGCGUCUGUCAUUUGAGUAUUUCCUAGUGCAGUAUUCCGCCUUGCAGAGCGCACAUAUAAUGACGCAGUGACUGUAUUUGCGAGAACACAAACUGUAGGUUGUGUUAUCGGGUUUUUUAUUUUCUCCCGCGAAGCAUCUCUCUCGCUCAAAUGAGAAUUUGGGACGUUUAAGGUGCAAUUUUAAUUUGGCUGCCAUGAGCCAGCGGUGGAAAUGCCACAUUCUCAAGGCCGGAUUAAAAUACUACAUAAGACAAUAUUGGGGGCGGGGAGGAGAUGAUGGGCUGAAUUGACUAUGCUGACUGGGGUUUGAACUCGUAACCUUUAAAGUGUGUCUAUUAUGAUAACCACCGAACUGGAUUUAUAUAUUGUUGCAUGUUACGACAUUUCUUGAACUAAACAUAUAUAUCUAUCAUAUGAGCAUAUUUAUGAGUAUCCAGUUGCGGCCUUUUUUUAUCUGCUUGAGUGGCACACUCCACGAGAGGCCAAUUACUUGGUCCACUGAUUACAAAGAAAGUAAGUUAUGUCGUCAAGUGUUAAUCACGACACUGUGCCACGUGGAAUCUUAGGCACAUGGCUUAGUGUCUGAAAUGUUUGGGUCUUAAAUAUGAUUGGAAAAAACCUUGGGAUUGUUGAAGUGGCAAGACAUAUUUGUGCCAAAUUUCAUAUUUCUAGUCAUUCUAGAAUACGUUUAGGGUUUACAUCAGUCAUCUGAGUGUGAUUUAUAUAUAAAGUGAAACCCUGUUAAUUCUAUACAUGGAGCUCUGGCCUUGCCGAAUUAUGCACUAUUCCGAAUUAUGCACAGUGGUACUCCCCAAUGCCUCCUGCCCCAAUAAAAAAAAAAAUCCAAAUUUGUUUUCCAAAAUCUUCGCACAACAUACGCAUUGACACGCCUGCAUCAAUUCUAUCCAAAACUUUUGAUUUGUCGUGCAGACUAAGGGAUGUAUACUUCAGUCCCUUUCUAUUACUUCUUGAUGUAGGCAUGGACGAUAUUUUGUAAAGGAUUGCCUUGCACAAACAAGGUAAAGUCCAAAGCGACGGGUCUGCACUAACGCUGACCACGCGCGCCGCCACUAGACUCAGUCAUUGUUUUGGUCGUGGCGCGCGGCGUCCCUCCACGUGUAUGCCGAAAUUGAACCAUUCCGUAUAGAAAUUCGGCUCAUGGCGAAUAGAUGCCGAAAGCGCAGCCGUGCCCAAUUAUCCACAAAUACCGAAAUAACAAGGUUUUACCGUAGUCUACAUAGUCUAGAGCUACACAUGGCGACUGUGUAAUAGGACUUGGCUCCAGUGUCGACGAUAGCGAAUUGAGUAGUCGCUAACAACGAUGUUUCCAUGAAUAUUAUGGCCAUUUAGUUUUCACGUCUCAAAAUCACUUGGCUGUGUGUUUCUGUCCGCUUACUCCCACACGAAGUCAGGCUGUUCCUCACAGAAAUGGCCAAACAUCUCAAUGUAGCAGGAGCCUCCCUACAGACAUGGUUCUGGGACUAGUGUGAGUCCUUCCUGAGUAAACACAGGGCCGUUGAUGUUACCGGUAGGGCCUACAGAUGCAAGGCAGUGAUUGCGCCGGCGAACACAAUUUGUGUCGCUUAGCAACCAGUGAUGUUCCAGCUGUGCUGGCGGUUGGGCGACGGUGAAAAACCAGUAGCUCCAAAUUGGAGACGGAUUGCUAACCUGAUUUGUGAUGUCGUGAUGGGUUUUCUGCAUGUGCCCGUCAGUGUGUACGUGCGUGUAGUGCAAUGGUUAUGGCGUGCGGCAGUGCAACGGUUAGCGUAUUGCGUUACGAAACCCGCGGACCAGAGUUUGAUUCCCGCUCAUGGCCACCAACAACAGUGACAAUUAUCUGAACCGGUCCUUGGGCCUCCCCGAGGUCGACUCAUCCUCAAACGAGUACCUGGUGCGGUGCAUUCAUAUCUCUACUUGGGAGACAAAGGCGGCCUAGUGUGGUGCUGGCCACCCACCCCCUCGUGUGCCAUGCUGGCCUUCAUAGGUCGCAAACAGCACUUUCCCCAAAAGUCUGUUUAGGGUGUACAUGGGAUAUUUGCCUUCGUCUUGUAUGUGCGUGUGGUAUUUGUGUGUACAGAUGCAACGCGGUUUUAUGAAUCAAUUGCUGGAUGAGACAAUUAUUUUAGCAUACUUCACCACGCUGGCCAGUGCGGGUUGGUGACUAUCCCAGUAAACAUGGAAUCUUGGGCCAACGUUGGUGCAACGUUGGGCCAAUGGUUGCGAUCACAGGCCAACGUUGCAUGUUUACUGCGGUGGAGGAAGAGUGCAGAACAAUAUAUUUGUCUGCAUUGCCCUCUACAACACCGACUGCACCCGUCUCUUUGGCAUAGUGGUCAUCCAUUUAAGGACGAGUCAGGCUCACCCUGCCUAGCUCCCCAGAGCUGAUGAGAUUGGGUGCAAUCCUGGUGAUUUGGUCAUAUGUGCACGGUAUUUGUGUGGUUUUAUAUAUGUAUAUAAGGCUUUUCUUUGCACCAAACUAUGUGACUCAGGUUCAAUUCCUCACGAUGUCCAUCGGUGGUGAAUUAUAAAUGAACCUAGUAUGCAUGGGCACCUUUAGGUCGACUCAGCCAUACAUGAGCACCAGGUGUGAUGUGUUAAUGUCAUCACUGGGGAGAUGAAGACAGCCGGGGCGUGGUUCACGCUAAGCUACGAGUUAUUUUGUUUUCCGCCUUAAUAGGUGCUCAGCAAUUUCGCUUGUCUCAGCAGUUUGUUGAGCUAAGCACAUUGAAGACAUGCAGUAUUUGUGGUCGUGUAUGUGGUCUUGCGGUGCAACUAGCCUUGCACAGGCGCGGCGACGAAGCCCGCCAUUCGUGGAUACGUGACCUGGUAUUGUUGUAGUGCUUAGUGCGUGCACGCGCGCGUGUUCCACGCGGUGUCCUCGGUGGUUCUCGCAGAAUCUCAGAAAACCUGAACAUCCAAGUUCCAUCCCUGGCCACGAAGCGCGACAGUUACAAAUGGUAUCUGAAUCCAUCACGCGCAUCGCGUAGGUCGACUCCGCCUAAAACGAGUAGCCAUUAAUGCGGGGAAGACAACGGCGACUUGGACGCGCGUCGCCACGCUAUGUCCAUCUCGUGUGCUCGACUCGUCUCAAUCGGUGCACACGAACGGGACUUGUCCCAAAUUGGCCUCGCGUUGUUGUCAGUGGUUCUGGGUGCACCUGUUAAUGCCGCUCACGUGUUCGCCAUUCUGAGCGAGGAUAGACGUGGAGCUUUAGAGUUGGUGUUUGUGCGCUGCUUUCUUAUCGUGUUGUCAUUGUACAUGUUCCGCU